GAACUAGGCCUCGACCGAAGAAAAAAAAUGAGACCCUUUUGGUUUCUCUUCCUCUUCAUCACACUCGUCACUUCCCAAUCUUCCCCGGCACUGAAAAAGCCAGACAACGAGACCAUAUACAAAGUUUCCAAGCAACUCUGCUGGGGCUGCAUUGGAGAGUCCCUGCAAUUCUUGUUUGCACACAACAUGGUCAGGGCGUACAAGUGGGAGCUGCCAUUGAUGUGGGAUUCCGAUCUCGAAAAGUAUGCGAGAUGGUGGGCUGGCCAGAGGAAAUCCGACUGCAAAGCGCAGCACUCUUUCCCAGAAGACGAUUUUAAGCUCGGAGAGAACAUCUACUGGGGCAGCGGCUCCACGUGGACUCCGGCCGAUGCCGUGAGUGCGUGGGCCGAUGAAGAAAAAUAUUACACAUACUUGACAAACACCUGUGAGGUCGGUCAGGUGUGCGGCCACUACACGCAGAUUGUGUGGCGGAAUACGAGAAGGAUCGGCUGUGCUCGGAUUGUGUGCGACAGUGGAGAUGUGUUUAUGACGUGUAAUUAUGAUCCGGUCGGUAAUUAUGUCGGCGAGCGACCGUAUUGAAACGAGUUUGGCUUGCCUCUGGUGACCGUCCAUAUUCAAUAACAGCAAAUGUUAUGUUACUGAAUAAUGGGUGCUUUGUCUAUGACAAAAUUAUGAUUAGUUUACAUAGGAUAAUAAGGUUGUUAUAUUGGUGCUUAUGUUUGUGGGAUUUGUGGCCAUGGAAUAGAUAUAUUCAGUGUUUGAUGUAUACCGUAAACAUGUAAGACAAAAGAUUUAGUCUUGUUAUUUUAGGACUUGUGUCUGCUUUUGCUUUUACAACGGGGCUUAGCUUAUGAAUAGAGUGGGAGAAAAUAGAGGAUGUCUCGUCAUGGUUGUCUCUAUGUGUUUUUGGAACACUAAAUAUGAAAAGUAAGUUCUUGGA